UUGUGAUGAGGAAACAUUAGAACGUAGAUUAAAAAAUGGAGUCACUUGGGUCGUUUAGCCGUCGUUUACUUUUACUUUUACUGUGUGUAUCGGUCCUGCUUGUGUUUGUGUAUUUCCGUGUCGUGUUGGUCAGUAGAUUGAAGUGCCGGUGCGGUGGUCAGGUGAGGGUCUUGUGAAGGGGCUUACAGCUUCUCUGUACAAUAACAGCCCCAUUGUCAGAAUCCUACUGAGGAGUUACGUAAGAACGAGCGCUCAGAGCACAGAGGGGUGUGAAAAGUCUCCAAAAUCGCAUUGGAUCCAAACUAGAUCCUCAUUUUUCACAGGUUUCAAUACUUAAAAAAAACAAAACAGUCCCAUUGACACAGAACCUCUCACUGCAAAUUUCUCUGAUCUGGCCAAGAUUUGAAAACUUAUACUCAGUUAUAAAUCUUGUUUUCAGAUUUAUUGUCUGCUUACUAGUUCUGAAUUGGAUUAAUUUUAGUCUAGAGGUCGUUUAUUUUAAGAGAACUUGUCAAGUAAAAUAAUUUUGCUGCAUGGACAGAUUAUUUUUUAUGUCAUUUAAUAUUUUAGCCAGUUUUUUUUGGAGUGUUCCUGAAUGUCUUUAGAAUAAUCUUGAGUAUAAAAGCACACUAUGGAACCUUCCUGGACCACAGAUGGGAAAAGAAAAAGUACUACCAUUUAAUGUUUUUAUUAACGUAGUAUCAGAAUUGGUAUUACAGUACUGAGUCUAUGCCUUAAUAUGAAAAUUGAGUUUGAAAUUCUAGUAUGAUGACAACACUACUGCUAACAAGCUGUAAAAUCUCUUUGUAGUAGUAGUAGUUGUAGUAGUAGUAGUAUGUACUUGUAUUGCAGUGUGCGUGGUAUUUGGAAACAGAAGGAGUGGCUUUGCGGUUCAGCCUAUCAGAGUUCAGAGGGCACUUCCUGGUUCUGGUGGAUAACAGGCGUGAAAAGGAGAGGGACAAAUCAAAACAACUACUACUACUACUGAGAGAGGAAUACUACUACUGCUACUGCUGAUAAUACUGCUACUGAUACUGAUACUAAUACUGCUGCUACUGCUACUGCUGCAGGGAGCGGGAGAGGAGAGGGAGAAGCUGAAACCAAACAGGAGAGUCCAGAAAGAAGAAGAAGAAGAGUGAAGAGAGGAGAAGAGAGGAGAAGAGAGGAGAAGAGAGGGAGAGCGCGCAGAGAGCCGUGUUCAGGACCAUGUUUGUCCAGAUGUCCUCAAACGUCUGCCUCUUGUGUCUCCUCACCAUUCUCCUUCAGCCAGUUCACCGAUGCCACGAGCAAAACAACCCCAAACAUCACCACAACCACUCCCACAACCACACCCACACCCACAACCACACCCACCCUCACGGCGCCGCACAUCCUCCGGGGGGCGUCACUCUGGAGGAGGAGCAGCAGUUUUACAUCGGGCAGCUGUUUCGGCGUUACGGCUCCAGGGACCGGUUGGACUUCGCUGGGUUCCAGAGUCUGCUGCUCAGCCUGGGUCUGGGGGAGGUCAAAGUGGUGGAGCUCGACCACGAGGAGCUGGGACACGACCAUGUGGCGCAUCUAGACAUGCUGGACGUUCAAGAUGGCACCCACUCGCACGCCGCCAAACCGCAGGGCCACGGACAUGGGCACGGACACGGACACGGACACGGCCACGAGUCCGACAGAGCGCAAACUGAGCAGGCGCCGACCAACUGCACGACUCAUUCCACAGCAGCGAGUCCUGAGAGGAAAACCAUCGAAGGACCAGACGCACGCCAUCGGAAAGUGACGCCAAACGAGCAGGAACAUAAACAUGGAAAACAGGAUUCGCACCACGGACACGGGCACGGCCAUCACCACGGAGACGGCCAUCACCACGGAGACGGCCAUCACCACGGAGACGGCCAUCACCACGGAGACCAUCACCACGGAGACCAUCACCACGGAGACCAUCACCACGGAGAGGAGGUGGCACAAAGUGGAGAGCACAUUCUCGAAGACGAUAUGAGGCAAAAUGGAGGACAACUACAGACUGAAAAUGGUGUAAAUGAGCAGAAAGGAACAGAGCACGAUCACCAUGACGACCACGGCGACCACGACCACGCUCAUGAAAACCACGCCCAUCAGGAGGAGCUGGGACAAAAUGGAGGAGGUGUGAAAAGUUUCGAGGGUUCCACACACGACCAGGAGCUCGAGUCUGCGCAAAGUGGCCGACGACAAGAGCUCAAAGUAGAAGACCACAAACAUCUGCAGGAUUUGGCGAGUUCAAAGAGCCAAGACCUGAGUCCGGAUCUGCACGUCCACGAUCAGGAAGAGACCCACAGCUCCACGGCGCCUCCCGCAGGUGGAGAGGAGCAGGCCAAGGAGAGGAGGAGGAAGGGCAAAGGACAGAAGGGUCGAGGGAGGGGUCAGACCGGGGAGGGAGCUGCGAGGAGCAGGAGGGAGGCCGUGGGAGGACUGAACGCGCCCACCGUACCUGCUCUCAUUGGUCCACUGCAUCCAGGAGGCUCCACCCACCAACAUGAAGAGUGCCUGAACCUGACCCAGCUGCUCACAGACUUUGGUCUCAGUCCGGACUCUCUCAUCUCUCCGGAUCAGUUCUCGUACCUUUGCCCCGCCCUCCUCUACCAGAUCGACAGCCGCGUCUGCAUCCGCCACUACCACCAGGUGGAGGUAGAGAGCAAGGCCCUGGACCCGCCCAGCUCAGGCUGGGUGUGGCUGUGGGGCUUCGUCUCCAUCACCAUCAUCAGUCUCCUGUCUCUCCUCGGGGUGAUCCUUGUGCCCAUCUUGGAUCAGGGCUGUUUUAAGUUCCUGCUCACCUUCCUCGUGGCGCUGGCCGUGGGCACGCUCAGUGGAGACGCGCUGCUCCACCUGCUGCCUCACUCACAGGGGCACCACGACCACAGCUCUCCCCAGGACGAAGGCUCUGACCUGGGCACAGAGUUCGACGGUGUGUGGAAGGGACUCACGGCUCUGGGAGGAAUCUACCUCCUCUUCAUCAUCGAGCACUGUCUGGGCAUGUACAAGCACUACAAGGACCACAAGUCCAAGCAGAGCAGUGAUGAUGGAGGAAUCGGGAGGAAACUUUCAGACCACAAACUGAACCGACGCUCAGAUGCAGAGUGGCUCAACCUCAAAACUCUGCCUGAAGACAGCAGUGCGGCGUGUGACAACGGGCUCAGCGACACUCAGCUCACAGAGGUCCAGACCCCAGACUCCCCCUCGGCCCAGACCGACCCCUCCACCGCCUCGCUUCCUCCCCCCGCACCCUCCCCCAAGAAGAACGGACACAAGGCUCACGGGCACUCUCACGGGCACUCUCACGGGCACUCUCACGGGCACUCUCACGGGGGCAACUGUCACUCAGACCAGGACAUGAAGGACGCGGGCAUCGCCAGUAUCGCCUGGAUGGUCAUCAUGGGAGACGGGAUGCACAACUUCAGCGACGGACUGGCCAUAGGAGCUGCGUUCAGUGCUAAUCUGACUGGAGGCAUCAGCACGUCUGUGGCCGUCUUCUGUCAUGAACUCCCUCAUGAGCUGGGAGACUUUGCGGUGCUGCUCAAAGCCGGGAUGAGCGUGAGGCAGGCGAUCGUGUACAACGUGCUGUCGGCGCUCAUGGCGUACGUCGGCAUGGUGAUCGGCGCGGCGGUGGGCCAGUACACGCACAACCUCACCAGCUGGAUCUUUGCCAUCACCGCGGGCAUGUUCCUCUACGUCGCCCUCGUCGACAUGUUGCCGGAGAUGCUUCACGGCGACAGUGAGGAUCACAAACGUUGUCAGGUCGGUCACUUCCUGCUGCAGAAUCUGGGCAUGCUCAGCGGCUUCUCCAUCAUGCUGCUCAUCGCCAUCUUCGAGGACCGGAUCGUGUUUGACUUUGGCUUCUAGCUCCGCCCCCUCUCCUCCCUCAGCCCCUCCCCUCUUUGCCCCUCCACCUUCGCGCCGAUCGCAUCGGCUCAACUUCGCACAUUCUCGGGACGUUCUCGGAGGAAGAAUCGCUGGAUCCAAAACUGAAACGCUCUGAAUGUUGUUGCAAAAAAGGAAAGUCCAGAUCCUGCGAUUAAAACGACUUAAAUCAUGAGUUCGAGUCAUUUUCUGUUGUUUGGGUCUAGGAAGUAUCCGAGUACUCAAACCAGUGGAUCCUUUCCUCUUCUGCAGCGUUUAGUCGCUCAGUCUGAUGCUGUUCCUUCCAAAGCUGCUGUCCACGUCGUCUCUGUCCACGUCGUCUCUGUCCACGUCGUCUCUGUCCACGUCGUCUCUGUUCAUGUCUUGUGAUGUCAUCAUCCUGCGCCCAUGUCGUGUCCCGCUGUGUGACAUCAUCAUUAUGUGUCCUGUCUCUGUACGGAGCCCCGCCCCCUGAAGCAGCAGCACAACUUCAGUGUUUUAGUUUGAAAUGUCACUGGGCCUCAUUCUGCACGAUUUACGACGACAGAACCACACAUUGGAUAUGUUUUAAGCAAUAAUUUGCAUUUUAUCCUUGAAAGUAAUAAAAUAUAUUUCAAUUCUGACCUAAAAAGCACAAAGCACUAAGGAUAAUUAUGGUUUAAAUGUGAGAAUCAAGCCGUCAUUUCCUAGAAAAUGACUUGUAUUUAAUAAAAAAGAUGCCUUUAUUUUUCAGAGUAUUUGAAGCUGGUGAAGCACACGGGGGUUUUCUUCUAAAGGCUGUGGGCUCAGACCCGUGGGGCACAGUAGUAGUAGUAUUAGUAUUUUUGUAGUACUAACAUGUUUACAUGAAGUUUGGAGGAGUGUGUGAAGAGCAGCAGAUGAGGCCCAGUGUUAAACCAAGACAAAUGAUGCACGAGUCGCUGCUCUUAUUUACUUUUCUACGUUUGAUUUUUCACAUUGUAUUUUUUUUAGUGCUGCACUGUAAAACCUGUGAGAAUCAUAAUGAAACGAUUCUUACACGUGUUGUUUUUCUGAGGCUGAAACGCUGCUGCCAUAGUCUUUUUUUUUUAGAGCGUGUCGGAGUAGUUUUGGACAAUCGUUCAGUUUGUGUGUGUGCCUCAUGGGGGCACUGAAGGUGCUAACCACUGCUGUACCACACUGUAAAUACUGGCUCUUAUUUUAGGCUGAACUCUUUUUUUUGUUUAUAGUUUUAUGAGUUAUUUUUGUCAAAUGCUGAUUUUUGUUGCAGACAAUCUGUUUAGUUUUUAAAUGAUGCUGGGGGGAGGGUUUGGAGGAGCUGCUGCUGCUCCACUCCACAAUGUUUCCCUGUUGAUCACUUUGGACUUUACCAUGAAAUUUAUAAAAGGUAAAAAUACAAAUGUUGAACCUGAUCAUUUCUAUUUGUGACUGAAGUCAAGAGCUCAGUGUCACUCACACAGAUCUGCAUGUGAGCUGCUCCAUCUCUGUUAAAUAUAAUAGGCUCAUAGAAUGUUGUGAUGUGAAACCAGCGAGAUCUUCUCUGACAGCACAGCUCCUUCUGACCCCUGACCUCUGACCUCUGCUCUCACAUUCCUGUGUGUGUGGGUUCUUUACUGUCACCGUGUGACACAGACUCACUGUAAAAACGACCAUUACAACAUUUAAUGCAAAGGUACAAAUCCUCAUUCUGCCAUGUCCAGACUGAACCGCUGUGAGGCCGGACCAGGAGCCGCCUCACACCUGGACGGUCCAGAGUGAGUUUUCUCUAAAUGAAGGUCCAUUGUUUUAGUUGAACAAAUGUUCAUUGUGGAUUAAAUGUGUAAAUGUAAAGUGCCAUUGAUGCUGUUUGUGCUUCAAUAAACAAGCAUUAGUCAAA